UAGAUGUUAUGCUUCUUCCUACUGGAUAUAAUUCAGAUCAACCUCCUUCUUCUGAAAAAUUCUGUGAUUAUGAUCAAUGUUCAAUUUUAUCUGACACAGAAAGUUCACAGCAGAUUAUCAAAAGGAAUAUCGGAAGAUUCACUUAUUUUGAAAGAAAGAAUGAUGGGAUUACAGAUGAAGAUAAUGAUAUAUUUGAAGAUGAAAUAG